GAAGCAGCGGCAGUCAAUGUUUUUCUCAUCCUUGUGCCAUCGAUUUUAAGCCAAGCAUUGCUAUCAAUUUUAAACCAAGGAUUACUAUGGAUUUUAAGCCAAAGAUUCCUAUCGAUUUUAAGCCAAGGAUUGCCAUUGAUUUUAAGCCAAGGAUUGCCAUCAAUUUUAAGCCAAGGAUUUCCAAAGGCAGAUUUUUUUUGAACUAAGAGAGGACCCAACCGAAGAACUUUCCAAGCACAUCCCCACAACAGUUUGCAGCCUCCCGGGGCUGUACGUGCUUUGCUGAAGGGACUUUUCCCACCCGUAGGGAGAUACUUGGCAAAGGGUUCAGCACAGAGGAAUGCGGAGUGACUGAGCAAGCAGGAAGCAAAUAUCUCCAAACCCUCCCCUCGACCCACAAAAAUAACAUCAAAACUCACAAUCUCAACCCAAGCAGAAAGCUGACCUUGUUGGGAUGAAAUCCACUGGGGAUGGAGAUGGCGGCUCGGCUGGGAGGCACUUGGGGUAGCGUGGGGAGAUGUGGAGGGGCGAAAGAGUUAAAAUCUUCUGUUUAUAAAGUGAUGGGGAGGGAAGGGGCAGGGAAGAUUCAUGAGGAUGGUGGUGGCUUUUACGAGAUGAACGGAUGGGGCUGGACAGACAAACUUCUUGGCGUGCAAACAUCGAGUCCGAAUUCAGAGGGAUUUGCUGGCUUGAGGCUGAGAACAGCUCCUCGUGGUUGGAUGUGAUGGCAUAAAACUUGAAACAACUUGGGGAAAAAACAAAUGUAGUACCUGCAGGGUGGAGCUGCCGCUAAGGGAGCUGGAUGAAAUGCCCGAUGGGGUGAUACAAGGGGACAAACAAACCCUUUGCACCAAAUUCUGCUGUUCUUGCGUGACUGUGAACACAUUGGUGUGCGACUUGAGCAUCCCUCAGUAGCAUCCCGCAUCGUCGUGGCGUGAGGGGCGGUCCUCGGGUGCUGGGGACCGCUGGGGAAAUGCGGGUGCAGACUUUGAAUUAUAUUUCUAGCCGGCAAAAGAAAACAUUCUAUUUUUGUUCAAUUUUUUCCCUUUUACCUUUGUUCUUACUUACUUCCCACGUCUCGCAACACAGAGCAAAAACAUCGUCCAAAAAGCAGCCAAACUCGACGUCUUUUCCAUCCCCAACCUCGGGCUCCUUUCCCAAAACCUAUUUCCUAUUUUGUGCAAUCUCUGUGCUUUUAUAUCUUCUCUUUUUUUUAAUUACUAAAGUUUACGUGCUGAAAUCAAACUGUAAAAGGACGAGUGGCGUGGGAGCGAUGCCUCUCACGUGGAAAAAUACAGCAUGCGAGCCAAAACCUAAAAGGCUUUUCCAGGAAGGGAUGGCAAAACCGGCUCCUGCUCCUCUCGAUGCUGGGGGUGCUGCAUCCCGGGGAUGCUCUGAGCAUCCCGGCGCGAUGAAACCCGGCAGGCUGCGGUCGGGGGCUUGCACCGUGACCGUGGGUUUGACUCCGAGGAUGAAGGUGUGAAUGAGAUCAUCGCCGUUCCCGGCUCUCGGAUGCGUUGUGUCAUUUCCCAGCUUUAAUAGGCGGAAGCAAAACUUGAAGGGAAAUGAAAAUGCAGCUGGUAAAUAAGACUCUUCCCUUCACAAAGACUGGUGCCCGAGCAGAUGACAUUAGCAGGAUUCCUGCGGAAGUGGCUGGAGGGGACAUUGUUUGGUGUUUUUGCUGCAGGAGACGAGAAGAUGGAUGAAGGAAACCCAAAAACUCUGUUCCUCCCUGGCACUGGCUGGGUUUCACUGCUCCCUGAGGUGCUGGGCGUCAACCAAGAGGUAGUCAGGACGGGCUGGGGCUGGUGCAGCCUCAGCAGCGCUGCCGGGGCUGCGGGAACCAACCGUGGGCUCAUUUCCCCCUGCGGCCUCCAGCCCGGCCCCGCCGUAACCUCCGCCGCCGCCGCCGCCCCCCCAGCAGCCACUUGCUCCAAAAAGCCCAGAAAUCUCCCCAAAGCAGGGCCUGGCCACCCACCCAGGCAGAGCCACAGCAGCCCCGUGGGGGCCAGCAAGCCCCUGGCCACCAUCGCUGGCCGCUGCUGGCAUGGGGGGGCCAGCUGCUUUUCGGGCAAUUCUCUGCAGCAUUUGAUGGCAAGUCUUCCUCCGUCAUGGCGAGCAGCUGCACCCACCCACCUGGCCACCCACCGCCCCCACAAAACGCCCUUCAAAGGGCCAAAAAAGUGCAAAGCCGUUCCCAGCCCCCAGCCCUGCCGCUGCCUUUCCUGCUGCGGUUCGGCACACCGAGCCCUCGGCCAAAGCGGCGCCCAAAAACAGCACAAAGCCCCAUUGCUGGAGGUGGGGGAAGGGGUUUGGUGUCAAGAAACCCUGCAGAAGCGAUCAAAUACAGCAGCGAGGCUGACCGCAGCCAUCUCCAGCGCGAGCAAAGCCUCCAGCUGCUGCAGAACGGCAGAAGGUAGAGAUCAGCUAUUGCACGACAUAGAGCUCCUGCUGGCGUUGGGCUCCUCGGGGGAUGAAACCCCCCCUUGCAACACGGAGCUCCCGGAGAGAAAAGCUCCGCGGCAGAAGGGUUUUGGCCAGCAUGUGCUACGGGCUCCUGGGGACCCUCCUGCUCCUCCUGCCAGGAGGUGUCUCGGCAGAGGGGACGUGGGUCCAGCAAAGCCCGGGGCAGCUCUGGGUGCUCCCUGGACAGACGGCGGAGCUGAGCUGUCGCAUCUCGGACUACAGCACCCACGUCAGCUGGUACAAGGAGAAGCCGGACGGCAGUUUGUUCUGGAUUUACCAGAGCUCAAACUACUCCCGUCCGAAGGGAAAAUACUCAGGGAGGAUGAAAACAUGGCAGGAGUUUUCCCUCACCAUCAGCUCUGCACAGAGGGAGGACUCCGGGGUUUAUUACUGCAGCUCCUCCUCCUUGUACCCCGCGUUUGGGAAUGGGACCAGGCUCGUUGUCACCGAUGCCUCCGAGCCCCGGCUCUCCAUCCUGGUGCCCGUCGACGCAGAGGAGCGCGGGCAGCCCCCGGCCAGCUUCCCCCUGCUCUGCCACCUCCACGACAUCCCUGCGGGCUGGGACACCGUGCGCUGGCAGCCCGGCGGGGACGUGACGCCGCUGAUGGCGGCGGCCGUGGAUGAGCACGGUGUCCUCGGCGCCUGGAGCAUCGCCUGGGUCCCGGCCGAGCGCUGGGACGGGGCUGCGACGUGCACGGCCCUGAAAGGCAGCACGAGCAGCACCGUCAGCGUCAUCAUCGGCAAAGCACCGGGGGAGGAAGGAUGCCCUUCCUGGCCGCUGGCGCUGGGGCUGUCCUGCGUCUCCCUCCUUUUCCUGCUCCAGCUGACCAUCCUGCUCUGCCGUCGGCGUCUGGCCAGAGGUGACCCCCCCACGGCCCCCCCCUCGCAGCCCCUUCGCCCCGACUCUCUCCUCGCCACCCCCAGCCACCCACGCUCCCACCCGGGAGACCCACCCGGGAGGUAAAACCGCUUCCUCAACCCCUGCCCUGAAAUAAAGCCGUUUCUUUCCAGCCGCGUAACGCUGCUCUGCUUUUUUUCGAGUCGGAGGGACCAACUUUUGCCACCGCGAGCACCAGUCCCCAGCAUCACCCGCAAAGAGCCAGGAGGGUUUUUUCACCGUAAUCUUUUCCGACAGGAUUUGAGCACCAGCCCUGGGAAGAUUCCCGUCAGAUAUUUUCCAGCCUUUUGGGGAGGGUUUUUAGCAGAAUUUUUUGAAUUCAUUGUUUUGGGUUUGCGUGGCAAGCUUUUGGUAGCGGCGGGGCUACAGGGGUGGCUUCUGCAAGAAGCUGCCAGAAGCUUCCCCCAUGUCCCAUCGAGCCGAUGCCGGCCGGCUCCAAGACGGACCCGCCGCUGGCCAAGGCUGAGCUCAUCAGCGACGCAGCCCGUGGAGGAUGAUGAUGGGGAGCAGAGAUUCCCCCGCAGCCCAUGAAGACCCCACGCUGGAGCAGUUGGUGAAGAACCGCAGCCCGUGGGAAGGACUCACGCUGGAGAAGUGCGUGGAGGAGUGUCUGCCGUGGGAGGGACCCCACGCUGGAGCAGCGAGGAGUGUGAGGAGUCCUGCCCUGAGGAGGAAGGAGCGGCAGAGACACCGUGUGAUGAACUGACCACAACCCCUAU